AUGAAUGAUGCUGUCCGUGCAUUAGAGAGGGGUGCCGUUGCUGCCGACGUCGGGCCCUCUCGUCUGCGUUUGCCAUUGUGCACAGCCGAAGCCUACGAAGACUUCGUUCGUCGGCUAACUACAGAGGUCGAGUUGGCAGGCAAGGCGGUAUGUGUGUAUUUGUUUAACUGUGGUUGGUGGUGAGUGUGGCCGUGGUUGGAGGGCGGAGUGAAAAUGACUUCGUCAGAAAUUUUUUGGAUGCUCUUAUUGGUACGCCGCUUUUUUACACUUUCUGCUGGAGGAACGGAUGCAAGGAGAAGCGGUCGUUCCUUGCCUGUCCGUCAUUUAGCAUCACCAACGGUAGGUCCACUUUUUGCUUAUUGGCACAUACAGAUGCCAUCGGCCAAAACUCCCGUUUCAGCAACCGCAACAAGGAGGUACUUCGACUGACGGCCAUUAAUUGGUUCCAUGGUGGACGAUCGGAACGCAGGCGGAAUAUUCACACAGUAAGACAUUUUCCUUUGAAUUACUGCCCAAAUGUGUUCAGUUUCAAGGAGUCCCCACCGAUGACCUCGCAUGUCCACAACCUUCCCCUCCGAAACACACGUAAGUUAACUGAAAAAGGACUGCUGCUAACACACUUUAUCUCUACCUUACUUUAGUGUUCGAAAAGUGAGACACAGCUCACUUUGACCGGCCCUCGUUGACCGGGUUCGGAUCUGCGUCGGAACCGUAUUUUACUGUAACCAGUGCCGCGCCCGCCCUGGUUGACCGCGUAGAUAAUUAGCGUCCCUAAUUACUUCACGCCGUUACUGCCUUCUGUCAAGGUGGUUCGUAAAGCCGAAUACGGGCAAGCAAGUUACUUUGACGGACGACAUCCAGGCUUUUCUGCAUCAGCCGUGAGAUUGUUGGCCGAGGCGAUGAUUACAUGCUAGGGUGGGUUGAUAGACGCCCAGUCGCCUUUCGCCAACAGCUCAAUCAACAACUACACCAAUAAGCUUGCCCCCAAUUCGGUUUUAUGAAUUUUCUUCGCCCGAGGCAGUGAUGAUGUGGGCCAUUAAGACUGCCACUUAUCUCCGCAGUCAACGAGGGAAGGGGGCCAAACUAUUCGCAUUUAAAUGCGAAUACGGUGAAGCUCCACAGGAGGUCAGUUAGAGUCAUGUACAUAGAACUGUGUGCAUGACUUUCCAGUGUCUGGGAACGGGCAGACGAAUUCACUACUAGGAACACCGGACCCGCGUCUGGCCUGCCCCGUAGGAAGCCUUCUUAUGACAGGCCAUCUAGGAAUGCCAUUUCUCAUGCUAUUAAAAUUAUUAAUUACUCCAAUUACAAAAGCAUUACCUGUGUUUAACACCAGUUCUUUUUUUGCAGGAACCGCCAAUAACCAGUGA